UUCAAGAAUCCGUGGAAAACCGAUUGCGCGUGCGUAUCUAGACGUGGCAACGGCAUCAUGGCUUCUUGGAACCGCUACGGUAGUCGGAUGAGAGAGCUGAAAAUGUACACAUUCGUCUUCUUGGUGUGCCUGGUGCCGGUGCUGCAGGCGGCUGUAAAGGUCUCUCCUCUCAUAGAGAAGGUCAGCGAACACAAGGACUUCAAGAAGCUUCUCCGGACUCGAACCAAUGUCCUGGUGCUCUACACUAAGUCAGCUACCUCUGGGGACUCUAAGCUGAAGCUGCUGUCUGACGUGGCCCAGGUUAUCAAAGGACAGGGCACCAUCGCUUGGGUCAACUGUGGGGAUUUGGAGGGUCGUAAACUGUGUAAGAAAGUGAAGGUAGAUCCCAGCUCUAAAAGUGAUGGCGCAGAUCUCCUGCAUUAUAAAGAUGGGACGUUCCAUACAGAGUACAACAGACCUGCUACAUACAAGUCCAUGGUGGCGUUUUUAAAAGACCCCACGGGAGCUCCUCUUUGGGAAGAGAACCCAGAAGCUAAAGAUGUUGUUCAUGUAGAAACUGAGAAAGACUUCAGGAAGCUUCUAAAGAGGGAGGAGAGGCCAAUCCUCAUGAUGUUCUUUGCCCCAUGGUGUGGUGUCUGUAAGAGGAUGCAGCCCGUAUUUCAACAGGCAGCUACAGAGACCAAGGGUACAUAUGUGCUGGCUGGGAUGAACGUGCACCCAGCUGAGUUUGAUGGCCUCAAGCAAGAGUACAAUGUCAAGGGCUACCCCACCUUCUGUUACUUUGAGAAGGGGAAGUUCCUGCACCACUAUGAAAACUACGGAGGUACAGCCAAGGACAUCGCUGACUGGAUGAAGAAUCCCCAGCCCCCCCAGCCGAAGGCCCCAGAGGUCCAAUGGUCGGAGACUGACUCCCCUGUCUUCCACCUGACUGACGACUCCUUAGAUGGGUUCCUGGAGGAACACCCAUCUGCCCUGGUCAUGUUUUAUGCCCCAUGGUGUGGCCAUUGUAAGAAGAUGAAGCCAGAGUAUGAUGAAGCUGCUGAAUACCUCAACAAAGACAAAAAUAGCCCUGGUGUUCUGGCGGCUGUGGAUACCACCAUCCACAAGGCAGUGGGAGAGCGCUUCAAGAUCUCCGGCUUCCCCACCGUCAAGUACUUUGAGAAGGGAGAGGAGAAGUUUACGCUACCCCACCUCAGGAGCAAGGACAAGAUCAUAGAGUUUCUACAGAACCCCCAGGCACCCCCUCCCCCAGAGCAGUCCUGGGAAGACAAGCCAUCCAGCGUCAGCCAUCUAGGAAUGGAGGACUUCAGGGAAGCGCUGAAGAAGAAGAAGCACGCCCUCGUCAUGUUUUACGCUCCAUGGUGUCCCCACUGCAAGAACGCUGUCCCUCAUUUCACCACUGCAGCAGAUCUCUUUAAAGAGGACCGCAAGAUUGCCUAUGCUGCUGUGGACUGCACUAAAGGACCGAACCAAGAACUGUGCAAGCAGGAGGGUGUGGAGGGCUACCCCACGUUCAACUACUACAACUAUGGGAAGUUUGCAGAAAAAUACAACGGAGAACGAGGGGCCUCUCCUGUCUUCCUCUCCCCAGGAGGCGGGGUUUAUAGGUUUCAUGCGCAGCCUGCGGGGGCGGGACCAGGGCAAGAGGAAGGAGGAGCUUUAAGGCAGGGUGUGGUGAGGAGGAGGAGCCUGUCGUUGCACUGUGACCCUGGACAGGGGCCUCUUAGCACUGACAUCAUGAUCUGACAUCAUGGGGCGGGGACUUGUGAACCUCAGCGUUUCAGCGAAAGGCUUUUUUUUUAUACUGAUAGAUCGAUCAUGUGAUCAGCUUUGUAAUAACAGUGGGAUUACUUACCGUGUGACCACUUGAGACCAUUUUUUUUCUUGAUAAAAGAAAACAUGAAAAUGUUGCCCAAAUACUGUGACUGCAUUUGUGAAAAGCUACACCUUAUACUGUAUCUAUGCAAUACCGGACCCUCCCUUUCAGAUCCACUCUUGUGUGGUUGGUGGCUGUACUGGUGGUUGGAUGGUGGGGAAACCACCUACAGUACUGUACAUCACAGGGACCAUCACUACAGUCCUACAUCCUUGUUCAUUCACCUCAAGAGGAAUACAAUCUAAGCAUACAACUGUUUGUUUCGAUAUUUGUGUACAUACCAGUCUAUUAGGUAUGGGUUUGUUUCAGGAUGAUAAGGAUCAGGAUCUAAUAGCUGAAACUGUGGCCUUUUUAAUAAAUAUGUAUGAAAGCUAAUCACUCAGCGCAGAGUCAGACAGAUAGUAGGGUAGUGAAUGAUACGAGGCCCUAAAACAUAAAGCUCUUAUAGUGGUGUGUUGAAGCCUGGUGCUUCUGUUUUUCCACGUGUUUCCAAGUCAGCUAUGAGAGGAAGAGAUGACAAAUCAGACACAAAUGUAAAAUGACCCAAAUAAAUUAGAAUUAUGUUACUGUGCUGAACCUGGGGGCGGCAGGGUAGCCUAGUGGUUAGAGCAUUGGACUAGUAACCGAAAGGUUGCAAGUUCAAAUCCCCGAGCUGACAAGGUACAAAUGUCAUUCUGCCCCCGAACAAGGCAGUUAACCCACUGUCAUUGUAAAUAAUAAUUUGUUCUUAACCAACUUGCCGAGUUAAAUAAAGGUAAAAUACAUUUUUUUUAAACUCCAGACGUCAAUGAUUUACAGAAGCCUCCUGUUGUCGUAGUGAUAUUAUUUUUUACUGUAGACGUGUUGGUUGUCUAGCAACAAAACCAACGUGCAACUAUGGGGCACAACAGACGGGGUUGUUGACAACAUGUAAACAUUGUCUCCAAUGUUUAUUGAAAACAAAUACAUUUGAACAAUGAGCAAUUGUCUCCAAAAACAUUGUUGCAUUUGUUGGUUAGCUAGCUAGCAAAUGUUUUGCCACAUUAGCAUAGACGUGACAUUAGCCAAAACACCUCAAAACGAGACAUGAUAUCAAGAACAAGAUGAAACGAGCCACCUAUGAUUCCCAAUGUGGCAGCUUCUUGUCAUUGUUGCUAGCUAUCUGCCAUCCAGAAUCACAACAGCAGACAGAAUUCUGACCCAUUGAAGUGUGCACAUAAUUUCCAUGUCAGCUAACCCAUCUCUUGUCCUGCAUUCCUUUUAGUGUUACUGAUACGUCUAAAAAACAGUUUUGCCUCUUGCAAGUGUUUUUCCAUGAUAUCAUCAAAGACCAAUUCAAAACAAAGCCCUUGGAAAAGAUAUGGGGCCAAAUAUGGUCAUUAAUGUUCCAUUUCCACAGGAACAAGACUGUGCCAGUCCCUCCCUUUUUCUCUCUAGCAAUCAGAACCAGUCAGCUCAAUAUCAGGAGUCAUAUGGGAUUAUGAUUAGAAAAGAUCCAGGAUAUCAGUUCCAUCUGAACAAAGUCAAGAAUCCAAGAGCAUAUUGCCUCUGUGUGUGUGUCUUUGUCCUCGUCUGAGAAAUGUUAUCCCAUAUGUCCCAGGACAUCCAAAUGGAUGACUUCAGAUUUCACAGUGCAGAGGUGUGUGAGAAAGUCGAUGGACAUUCUUAACACCCCCACCACACACACACACACACACCACCCGAGCUUGGCACCAUCAUCAAUACCGGAGCCAUUAUCUUUGUGGCGAUUUUAAGGCUGUGUGUUUUUAACUCCCCGGCUUACGCCGCUAUAAAUAUUUAAAGGCCUAUCUGUAGCUGAACUUGUGUUUUAUUAUUCAGGAGUUUGGUUCCUUUCAUUAUUGAAUAUGGUUCUCAGGGAUAGCGAAAACACAAUUAAAGGGAACUAGCUUGUUGUAUUAAUUUGCAUUGCAGUUAGAUGGUUUUGAGCUCUAGAGUCUCCACAUUUAAAAUAAUUGUUUACAUUUGUCUUGUAUGGAAAAAUAACUAAAUGUAUAGAUCAAUGGUCCAGUUUACUUUUCCUGUUUGAAGUAAUGGCAGGAAGUAUUAAAUAAAACAUGUUGUGCAGAUGGGGGGGUUAAUGAACUGACAUACUGUACAUUGUUUGGGUUUCUAAAUGGAUUAGUUGCAAGUGAAAAGUUUUAAAUGAACUGCAGACUGACAUAGAACAGUCUCCAAUCAAUGUUACAAUAACAUUUCUGCAUCAUGCAAAACCAGCUGCAACAUCGCAGAACGUUGGGAGAAUGCUUUACUGUAUGGAGCUGGAUUUUGACACGCUGUUUUUUUAGAUGUUGAGUUCUCUUUCUGUUGGGAUGAUUUGCUUUGACUUUUGUUUCUGCAGUACAAGGCCUACUCAGUGCUAUCAAAUGGUUAAAGACUUGACAAACUUAUCAUAAAGACCACCUUUGUCUCCUCCCAAAGCCCUCAUAUUGUGUGGAAACUGUCACAUCUAUGCAUAGAGGUCAUUGUCGCCUUGGUUGACUUUCUGUGCCCAGCCAUAUGUACAGUUUUGCCCUUCGAAUGAGGACCUUGCUAAAAUAAAAACUCAAACAUUUCCAAGA